CAGUUACAAUUGAUAUUAUAAAACGCAAAAGAGUAUACAGUAGUUAUUACAAAAGUUAUAUUAAGAGUGAAUUAUAUUUAUUAAUAUGGACGAAAUUUUUGAAAUUUUAGACAAUUGUCAUUUAAAUAAUGAUAAAUGUGAAAAAACGUCAACAAAUAUAAUAGAAAUUAAUUGCAUACAAAAUUUAAAGAAAGAGAUUGAUAAAUUAUUUGCGAAUAUACGAUGCAAUUUAGGAAGUGUUGAAUAUACAAAUCUUAAUAAAAUGUUAGCAAAUUGUUAUUUAAAGACUGGUAAUGAACUUGAAGCUAUAUUUCAUUUGAUUGAAUCACAUGCUGUAAUUCUUCGACAACAAAUAUUACAUAGAUGUAUAAAAACAGAAAUGCGAAAAUCAAUUUUAAAUGUACAACAAGCUUAUGGGCUUAAAUCUUCUUAUGUUGGAUUCAAUAUAAAUAACAAAAAUAAAAUUGAAAAUAUAAAAACCAUACUUUUUGAUUUGCCCAAAGAAUGGUAUAUGAUCCAAAUUACUGGACAAUAUAAAUCUCCAGAUAUUUUUACAUAUACUAGAAAUAAAUCGGAUACAAUGCAUGAAAUAUAUAUUACUGUAUUACCAACAGGAAUUAAAGAAGUAGAACCCUUGUGUCUAGUAUUACCAAAACCCAACUUACAUUCUUCAUAUGAUAUUUGUUAUGAAAUUCAAAAAUUACUUUCAAAUAAUAGAUCAGAAUUAGAAACUACAUAUGCAAAUAAUGAAUUGUAUUGGAAAAUGAGAGAGAGACAAAAUGCAAAUAUGAAGACUGCUAUGCAUGCAUUAGAACAUAUAUGGUUACGAGAAUGGAGAAUCUUAUUUAUGGCAGAUCCAAUAAACAAACAAAAUUUAGUAACAGAUAUUGUACAAAUGAUAGAUAAACUUAUAUCUGAUCACAAAACUUCAAAAGUGAUAUCAAAAAGAUCCAAGUGGUUAUUAAAAAAAAUAGCAUUAGCAGCAUGUUUUCUUACAAAAGAAGAAAUAGCACGUGCUGUAAAAUAUGUACUUUCUGAUUAUGAUAAACUUGCAGACAGUGUUAUACUAUCUAUAUUUGGAAAAUUACCUUGUAUGCAAGAGUUAAAAAAUGCAACUAGGAAAACAUUAGUUUUAAUAAUUGAUGAACAUAUGGAUUAUAUACCUUUUGAAUCUAUGGAAAUUUUAAAAUUCCAUCCAAUUACACGCUUUCCAUCAUUGCACAUUGCAUAUGCUUUAUUUAAAGAACAUGAAAAUACAAUGGAAAAUGGCUGUAAAAUAAUUCGAGUAAAAGAUGAUAUAGGUACAUGUAUAGUUAAUCCUUCAGGUAACUUAUCAAAAAUGGAAAAACGUAUGAGAUUAUUUAUUGAAUAUUGGUUACCAAAUUGGAGAAGUUGGUACAAUAUUGAACCACAGGAAGAAGUUUUUGAAGAUUCAUUAAUUAAUCGAGAUAUAUUAAUGUAUAAUGGUCAUGGAAAUGGAAUACAAUACUUACCAGGAGAACAAAUAGAAAGACUUAGAGUAAAAUCAAUUGUUUUAUUAUUUGGCUGUAGCAGUGUAAAAUUACUUAAUGUAGGAGGACGUUAUCCACCAUAUGGAAUUUCAAAUCAAUAUUUAAUAGCAAGCAGUCCUUGUGUACUUGGUAUGUUAUGGGAAGUUACAGAUGCUGAUACCGAUAAAAUGACAACAAAUUUCAUCAGUAAUUGGAUUCCAUCACCAUUAAAUAGACCAUGGACUGAUGUUGAUAUUAAUAUGUGGUGUUUAGGUAUUCUAAAAUUUUUAAAGAAUUCACAUAAAAGCUCUCAGAACUUAUCUAUAGAACCUGAGAUGUUGAGAGCAAUUGCAAAAUCUAAAGAUGUUUGUUCUCAUUAUAUGACUGCAGCUGCAAUAAUAGUACGAGGACUGCCAAUAAAGCUUAUUUGAAUUGUAAAUGUAAAAAAAAAUAUAAACGAAUAUAUAAUGAACAUCAAUUUACAUAUGAUUAAAAAA